AUGGGUUUUGACAAACAUACCACGGUUCAUGUUCGGAAUUUAGAUCCUUCACUUACAGAAAAGAUAGUAGGAGAUGUGAAACGAAUAGUACUAGCAACAGAUAGAGAAACACAAAAAAGUAGAGGAUAUGCUUUUGUUGAAUUUCCAAUGGCUUUAUUAGCAGACGAAUGUAUCAGAAAAUGCAAUGGAACAUCUCUCAAAAGUAAAACCAUUGCAGUUUCACCUUAUUCCGAUAAGAAAGAAAAGAAGGAACCCAUUAAAUUUGAGAAACGAAAGAAAGAAGAACAUACUUCACAACUUGAUAAAGAUGAUCCAUUCUAUGUAAGCUCAAGCGAUGAAGAUGAAGACGAAGAUAAACCUAAUAAGGAUGGAAUUUUCCCAAACCGAGUGUUGGUGGUAUCGAAAUUAUCAAAGAAUCAAUCAUGGGAGGCCACCAUGGAGAGUUUACAAACGAAAUUUAGCAAGAUUGGGAAAGUAUCAAACAUUAGAAUGCCAAAACAGGGAAGCUAUCACAAAGGAUAUGCAUUUAUCGAAUUUAGAAAAUCAAAACAUGCUAAAAGAGCAUUAGAAUGGGCUAAAAAGAAUACCAAAUUGUCAGUGGCAUGGAAAAUCGAUCGAGAUCAAUACGUAAAGAAGAAACAAGACGCAUACAUCAAGAAAAAGGAAGACGAGUUUGAUGCUGAACAAGAAAGAUUCCAGAAACAUUUGAAAAAGUAUUCUGAAGGAGAAGAUCAAGAAGACAUUGAGGAACCUGAGGAGUACUUUGGUGAGCAUGAAGAGGAAGAAAACAAGAAGGAAAAGGAUUUCGAUGAGUUACUUGAAGAUGACAAUGAAAAGCAGGAAGCAACAGAUGAAGACGACAUUGAUGAAGAAUCUGAAAGCAUGAUGAGCGACGAAGAGGAUGGAGAAGAUGGAGGUGAAACUCAUGAUGAUGUCACAAGUGAACCACACAUAAGCAAUGACGAUGAAACAGAUGAAGCCACAACAGAUGUCGACUCUCAAAAAGAGAAGAAGAAUGACGUGCAAACAGCUGCAGACUUGAAAAAAACAAUUUUCGUUCAAAAUUUACCUUUUCAAGCUGGAGUGGACGAAAUUAAGGAAUUAUUCGAGAAUCAUUAUGGACCUCUCGCCUAUGUUGCCAUUGUUGCUAAAAGCGAUGGACUCUCCAGUGGAAAAGCCUUUAUCAAAUUCAAACGCUUUUCUGAUGCUAAACGUUGUAUUCGAGAGGCAGAGAAGAACAUGAUUCAAAACCCCAAUGCUCAAGAAGUAGAUCAUUCUCAGCAGCAACAGCAGAAUCGAAGAAAAUUGCUUGUGGCACGAGCUCUUCCCAAACGCGAUGCAGAAGAUAGGAAAAAGAAAAAUGAGAAGAAGGAAGACCCCAGAAAUUUAAGACUUGCUAAAAUUGGAUUUAUUGCAUCGAAUAGUGCAGAAGCUAAAGACAUGCCUCCAGACCAUUUGAAAAAGAUUCAACGAAAUUGGGCAGAAAAGAAUGAAAAGUUGAAGAACCCAAUUUAUCACGUUUCUGAGACAAGACUUGCCAUUCAGAAUAUGCCAAAAUCUUGGACAGAGAAAGAUCUCAAGAAACUGAUUUUAGAGAAGGUGAAUUAUGAUCAAGUGUUAGGACCCAAUAAGAAACCCAAAUUAGUUCAAGUGAAAAUUGCAAAAGAGAAAGACGGAAAACAAAGUAAGGGAUUUGGAUUUGUGGAAUUUGCAAAACAUGAUGCUGCUCUUUGUGCUCUCGAGAGAUUGAAUAAUAAUCCAAAGAUACUCAACCCAAGGAUCAAAGACACUAAGGUUGCAACUGCUAACCGUCUAAUUGUAGAAUUUGCAAUUGAAAAUACCAUGAAAUUAACGAUUCUACGAAGGCAUCAAAAAAAGAGCCAUCAGAGCAGUGAUGAACCACAUCGAAUGGCCACAUCCACCACAGAUAAGAAAAGAAGCUACACAAAUGAUGACAACAUGAAGAAACGAAAGCGAAAGGAUAACAACAGAGGUUAUUCCAAGAAAACCAAACAGCAAUAA